AGGGACAGUUCUUGCUUCCAUUGCGUUGGUUCUUUCGAUAAACGUCCCUAAUCUUUGAUCCGAUUUCUCAAACCGGCUUCUCUACAAGGUGAUGCUACCAGCUGCAACCUCUGAUUGUGCUGCUCUCCAAACAAUAGCUUCCACCUUAUCUGGAGUCAUUCCCUAUUCGAUGUCUAUUGUGAAGUUACAAUUGUAAUGGCGUCAGAUGCACGGGUUUUUUAACCGAUUGUUAAGCUUAUCAGAUUGUUUUGAUUUCCCUUUGGCAACCGUUUUGUUUAAAGAUAGUUUCCUAGUGGUGAUUUGGAUUUGAAAAUCAACAACACAUCCUUUAGCCAGACAAGGAGACGGUACCAGAGAGGACCGCAUAGCUGCUCUUCGUUCCAGUAUAUCUUUUGCAACAGGGUACUAGAGAUCACUUAUGAUAAACCCCACACUUUUUGUCAGAUCAAAUUAGACGCUCGUGUGAUUCAACUCGGUUAUCUAUACUUGAUGUCCAGCUUGAUACCGGCAGUUUGGAGACUUUGGGAGUCCUUGGGCUCCUCGAUUCUGUAUUUCUCUUCAAGCAAGUCCAAGUCAAAUCAACCUAGAGAUUAUUCCGGUAAUCCAUAUAAACCUCCGAUUCCAGUACCAACUUCCUCUGCUAAUGAUUACGCUGGGUGUUUCCAUCCGGCAAGUUUCAACUGUGCUAACUCAAACCUCAAGUUGCUCUUGCACUUGGCCGAUCAUACCGUUUAUCAAAGAGGCAUCAAUUCUCUGGAAUUGAGUGAAUGUAGUCCUUAUGCGUUAUACGGAACCGUUGUAUUGGUUGUUUUGAAACCAAUUCAUAUUUCUUCGAUUCAAGUGUGUUUGAAAGGGUUUAAAUUCGAGACGGUUUUGGAGUUAUCUUCCAUUAAAACUGGAGCAAAUUCUUACGCUGAUGGUCAGAAAAAGAUUCAUUAUAAGAAAUUAUUGGAUGAUUGUUCAAUUUGGAAAUUUAACGAUUUAAAUUUCCAAAUUGGAAUUUAUACUUUCCCAUUCCAAUUUUUAAUUGAUCCUAAUCUACCGCCCUCCAUCUCUUCCAAUUAUAUCAAUAUUCAUUAUAAUAUUGAAGCUUUAAUCAAUUAUCAAACUUCUUAUUCAAGUCAAGUGUCAAAAGUCAAAUCAAUUAUAAACAUAGUCCGUUGUCUAUCUGAUAUUUCGAAUAAUAUCUUGAAUGAUCCUAUCCUUGCUUCGGGGAAUUGGAGAAAUUUAAUGAUUUAUCAAUUUCAACUACAAAAUAAAAUCGCUUUCCAAAAUUGUUUAUACAACGCCCUGAUACUUAUUCAUAAUAUUGAUGAUUCUUUAAUUUCUUUUCAUGUCCAUGCAGUUUCAAUUUAUCUAAUUCAAAGUUGUCAAUUUGAUAAGGUGGAAUACAAUGGAUUAAGACCAAUCUCUAAUGUCCCCUCUCAUCUUUCAAAGCAUUUCGAAUAUAAUAAAUUCUUAUUGUUGAAGAAAUUAGUGUCUAUGAAAGAUUUUGAAAUUUUACCAAAUGGCUCUUUCCAAUAUAUUUGUAAUUUCAAAAUCCCCUCUUGUCAAACUCCUUUUGAUGAAUCUUUUAAAAAUUUUAAAAAAUGUAUUUAUCCAACCAUUAAUAAUUCAAAUAAUGACGGGUUUACCACUUUUCAUAACUUGAAAAUUUGCUUGGAAGUUAGUGAAUCUAAACAGCCAAGGCAUCUACCUAAAAAGAGAACCUGGAGUGAUUCUUCUGGCAAAUCUUCUGAUUUAGAUGAUAUUUCUCCUUCUCAAUCAACUUCCUUCCCCCAGUCAACUAUUAUCCCAGGUUAUUCAACUUAUCAUCAAAGGAAAAAUUCAGGCUCAAAAUUUAAAAAAACUGAAUUAUCCUUCACUGUUCCCAUCUUCUUACUAACUUCCCAAUCUUGUCAGUCUUCUAAGAAUCCGCCGCUUUACUCUCAUAUCUCUUCAGAUGAUUCAUUUACCAAAAUCCAUGAUGAUUUGAAUUCUUUAAUCCCAAAAAAUCAAUUCAAAUCUAAAUAUAAUAAUGGUAUAAUACCUCCAAAUUACUCGAAUCAACCUUGA